GUAUUUCAUCAAAUCGGAAAUGAGUGCCGAUAAGCCGAAACCUAUUUCCUUUCCAAUAAAACCUCCAGGGCCACCAAAAGUGUGGAGUACCGUGGAAGCUGUCAUCAAAGGCAAGGGAGACAAACCGAUAAAGUUUACCAUUCAAGAUAUACCCGAGGACAGGUACGACGACGUGGUUAAACACAUGUGUACCUAUUUCGUUGCUGACGAACCCAUGUGCAAAUGCUUGAAUAGAAAAGAGCUUGUAGAUACUUAUCAACAUCAGUGGAAAGAGUACCUGCAACACGGUUUGGCCAUCGGAGCGUUCACAGAGAAUCCUGAUGGCGGUAAACCAGUAAUGGCAGCUGUUAACGUACUAAAAUUUUGUCACAUAGACGACGACAUGGUCUUUACGGAAUCUAUGCCUCCAUCACCGAAACUUAUGUGGGACAUAACAAUAGACUUGACCAAGAAAGCCCAAGUGUAUGAGAAAUACGGAGUAGAUCGAUACAUCGGUGCUUUUGGACUUUCCGUGCACCCUGAGUAUCGAGGGGUUGCGCUAGGCGGCCAUCUUCUUCGUACCAGAGUGGACAUAGGUCGAGAAUACAAGAUUCCAGUGACGUCUACAAUAUUUUCAUCACCGAUCGCGCAGAAAUUGGCUGAGCGAUGCGGUUUCGAAACACUGGUAGAGCAAAAGUACGAAGACAUGGUGGACGAGAAGGGAAAUCCUCUGUUUCGUGGUAUCGAAUCGGAAUCGGCAAAGAUUAUGGCGAGAAGACUAUAUUAAGACUAAUAACAUUAA